GCCCAGUGCUCCUCACCACUGCUGUGCACACUUCUGGCGUUCCACACUUCUGUGCAGAGGGGUGAACGUAGUUUGGCAGGAUGACUAAGCUGGAAGAUCACCUGGAGGGAAUCAUCAACAUCUUCCACCAGUACUCCAUUCGGCUGGGGCAUUACGACACCCUCAUCAAGCAUGAGCUGAAGCAGCUGAUCACAAAGGAACUCCCCAACUGCAUCAAAAACACCAAAGAUCAACCUACCAUUGAUGAAAUAUUCCAAGAUCUGGAUACCGAUAAAGAUAAAGAGGUCAGCUUUGAGGAGUUCAUAGUCCUGGUGUCCAGGGUGCUGAAGACAGCCCACGACAAUAUCCACAAAGAGUAGGAAGCUCCUUCCAGCAAUGUCCCCAAGAAGACUUUCCCUUCUCCUCCCUGAGGCUGCCUUACCUGAGGGAAGAGAGAAUUAAUAA